AUGAGAUAAAUCCAACAAAGGUUGAAGAUAACUUACUACAAAGUAAGAAAAUUCAUCAAGUAUCCAUCUUUGAAUUUUAGCUUGCCAAUCAAUAACCUGUCUGAACAUGAGAAAUUCAAGAAGCUUCAUGGAAGGGCAAGGAUGCAUAUUGUGAAUAUGAUAGUUGAUUCGAGAGUGCCUAUUCAGGUAUCUGACAUCCAGCAAAGUUUGCUGAAGGAUAUUUAACUAAGGUGCUCAAGAUCAAUGAUCCAGAGAUUCCUGAAAGAGGAAUUGCAUUUGACAUACAAAUAGAUUAAGUAAAUUACAGUUAAUCACAAUUACUUGAACUGUAAACUGCAAAGAUAAUAUGCAGCUUAACAAUUUAUUGGAGUCCUCUCAAGUGGAAAGAAAAUUAUUAACAUAGAUGAAUCAGUUUUAAAUACAACUGAUGAGAGACACAGAGGCUGGACAGGUUACAAAGUAAGAAACAAAGUUACUUAUGCUUAACGAUUAAGUCAAAUGAAUUUAAUCAUUGGAGUAUCCAGUUCGGGAGAACUGUAUUACACAGUAAACAGAGGAAGAACAAAUCAAACUACAUUUACUUAUUUCCUCUGUAAAUUAAUCAGAGUGCUUGAUUAGCAAGACUAAGAUUGGAGAUCAAACACAGUGAUAUUGAUAGACAAUGCUCCAUAUCACAGAAGUUUUAAAAUCAUGACUUGCUAUGAUGAAUUGAAAUUGCCUCUCAUGUUUCUUGGUCCAUAUUAAUUCAAACUUGCACCUGCAGAGUUAAUGUAUUCAUACAUUAAGAACAGAGACUUAAAUCCUCUGAAUACAAGAGCUUAAUCAAACUAUGACAUUUUCAUAUCUCAUUUAUAAAACUACAGAAAUUAAUAAGAUGAAGAUGAUGACGAUGAUGAUGAAGAUGAAGAUGAGGAUGAUGACGAAUAAAAUUAUUAUAAUUUCUAAUUUGAAAAUGAUUUUAAAAUCCACCAUCCAUUUGGAUAUUACAAAAAACUAUUUAAGGAGAACCGUUUCUAGAGAGAAUCAGCUUAUAAUAAUUAUUUCCUCAAAAAAAACCUAUUCCUCCCUCAACAAAAACUUUCCUCCCUCACAACAACCUUUCCUCCCUUAAAACUAAUUCUUCCUCCCCCUUAUGAAUUAGAGAAAGCUUUUUUUAUUAACUUAUAGGUACCUUUAAGAAAGAAAAGAAAGAAACAGAAAGAGAAACAGAAGAAGAACAAAAAACUAAGAGAAAACCAGCCUCCAGAAAAUUGGCAACAAAAAAAACAGCAAGACAAGAAAGACCUGAAGUUCACUAAAGUAGUAGUAUAUCUAAAGAACACAAAUCCAGGGAUUAUUCAAGUUAAAUUUACAAGUCAAAAAAUUUUCUUCGGUUAAGCUCAUGUAGCCAAUGGAGACUGGAUUCUUGAAAAUCACAAUUUUUCGGGGUCUUUCUCGUCCCCUAUUUUUUUCAACUUUUUGUUCUUUGAGGCUUUAAACUUCUAAAUUUCACCAAUCAAUGGCCUCAUUGUUCAGUAUUUGAGUGAAAACGAUGAUUUUUCAAGAGGAUUUAAGAUUUCAAAAAUAUUUGAAUUUUAAAUUUUGGCGGUCGUCUAGCCAGCAACUCCCUCUAAAAUAAUCCAGGCCUUAAAUAUAAGAAUCCAGCAAAAAUCCACUCUAUAAUUAUUAAUAUUAUUAAAUAAUCCAGUCCUGGCUUCCUCAAAAAAACUUACAAUGAAUGAAAUUGGCUAGCAAGAUCCUUUGGAUCCACCAAACGAAACUCAUAUAGUUGAGAUUUCCAGAGAUGAUGUCUCUUGGCUUCUAGAAAACUCAGUUCUAGAUCCUCAACAGCCUUUGAAGCAACUUCCAAAAGGUUGGAAAUCUGAGUACAAAGAUGCUUCAGAUAGCUCGAAGAUUAAUCGAGCAAAGCUAUUCUUGAAAGAAAACGAUUACAAUUUGGAUUUGUUGCUAUAAUAAUUCAUUAACAAUUGUAAAGUCAAGAAGCCAAAAUCAAUUGCAAUCUCUGAUAUUCACUCUGAAAGAACCUAAAGUGUAAGUAUUUAAGAUAAACAAAGUCAAAUCGAUAAAGCUGAAUUAAGAAGCAGUGAAGCUCUGGGAUUUAUGGCGCCUCUUCAGAUGGCUCCAACGAUUCCAAUUAAUAAUGGCGCCAUCAUAACUCACGAAAAUAUCAUUCGCUAUAUUGAGAAAUUCAUCAAUUAAGAUCCAUUACAAAGAUAUGAUAUUAUCUCGGAGAUCGUGACUCGUAACACUCAAAGUUUAUUUGUUUUUUUGUAGUACUUAGAGAACAAAAACCAAGGCUUAUAUACAAUCGGCAUGUUUAACCUUCUGAAUGAAAUAUUAUAAAAUUUCAAAUAUCUAGAAGAUGAUUCCAAGUCCAGAAUUUUUCUAGCAUCACUCAAAUACUAUAAAGGUGAAAUACUUAAUAUUGAUGAGACUAUCAUCAAAGACUCAAUGUAGAUGCUGAUUCGUUCACCGAAUGCAAGACAGGCUUUAGGUCUUUCCAACUAUGUGACAGUCAAUGAAUGUGAAACAUUCUCAAAGAAUGAGAGUGUCCUCAAGAAACUUGAUGAUUCGAAUCCUGGAAUUCUACAAUUAAUGAGUGACACUUGGGAUGCUUUUGGAGUAGAUUAUGAAGUAAAAUGUCUCUUGCCAAGUUCAUUGUUCAUACUGAAUGUGCCAUUCAUAUAAGUACUAAAAUCUAACUCUGGACUAGCACUUGUUCGAGAUAUUCCAUCAUUGUACAAUGAGUGCUUUAUCUAAAUAUGUGCAUUCUCAACUGUACCUAGUACUCAAGCACUUCGAGAAUAUAUUAGCUUUACUAGGAAUAUGUUUCUUUAGAAACAAGAAGUACUUGAUUAAUAAAUAAUGCUAUAUUUCUUGAAUCGCAUAGCUCAACUACUGAUUGAAAGAGAUCCAACUUGGGUUGGAAAAGUAGAGGACUUUAAGAGAUUGUAAUAGUAAAUUGUUACAGCUUAGAUUGAGAAAGGAGUCAAGUUAAGUGAGUUAACUAUUAACUCUCUCUUGAAAGGAGACAACAGUGAAAUGCAAAGAAUUUUAAAGCUUCCGAGAGCUAUAGAGGGACUCUCAACAAACAUUAUCUUUGAUCUUUUGAAGCUGUUUGAAACUAAAAACAAUGAUAAUGACUAGGUAAAAUAGUUCUCUCUCAAGAAUGAUUAAGACAAACUUGAAGCAAGUUUAACACUUGAGAGACUAUAGAAGCACCUAGGAUUUAAACUCUAUGAGUCUCAAAUAUUGUGCAUGAAUUACAUUCAAAGUUACUUGAAAUCGAAUCACUUUAUCUAGUUUGGAAUAGGCAAUGGAAAAACUUUGCUUUCUAUUACCUUAGCAAUUAUGAUUUCUAUAGACACACAGAAUUCAGUCUUCAUAGUAAGUAAGAACGAACAUCUUGUUUAACGAGACAUAAAGAAAUAUGAGAGUCUCAUUCAAAAGAUGAACUUGAAUUGCAAUCUUAAUUAAUGCUCGAAAGCAUUAGGAAUUUAUUUCUAUACUUAAUCAUCCUUGAAAAAGUAAUUAAGUAACUCAAAGUUUCAACAAUCAUGGAGUGAAAGUAUUGUGAUAGUUGAUGAGUAUGAUUGGAUUUUCUUUGAUGGAUCAAUCAAAACUAUCGUAGAUAAUGUCAAAGAUUACAGUAAAGCUAAAAAUGUAAUUGGUUUCUCUGGAAGUGAACUGAAUCUCAAAGAAAUCAAGUGCUUAGAACUAGUCUUUAAAUGUACUCCAGUUGUAUUUCCAACAUUAGAUUAAUUGAAAGGCAGCAAAAAAAUAUAGAGAAAUGACAUCUUGAUUUCAUCAAACAAAGAUGAAUACUUGUAGUUCAUUAAGACAUAAAUUCAAGAAAACAUCUAGUACUGUCCAGUCUUGAUUGUAGCUUCUGAAAAAUACAGUGUCAUCGAAACUGGAUUGAAGUACAGUGGCUUUGAUUUCACAAGUCUUGCAAAGACUCAAGCCUAAACUAUUGAAGCAACCAUUGAAGGAAGAUACUUGAUGAGAAAUCAAUUGAAGUAGUUUGGAGUUUAUCUUAUGAAUGAGUCAUAAGGUAGAGGAACUGACAUUCAGACUAAUGAUGAAAUAGAAAGUAAUGGAGGAUCUUAUCUUAUUAUUGCUGAUGUUUUCAGCAAGAGAUCUGAAGAAUAGAUUAUUGGCAGAGUUGGGAGGCUUAAUACAAAGGGCAAGUGGUAAAGAAUUCUCUAUCAGCAAGGCAUUAAAGAUAGUGCUGAGUAGCACAUUCUACAAUUCUAGUAGAUUUAAGACUUGCAAGAAGAUAAAAAACUAUCACAAGUUUAGUCUGCGAUUGAGGAAUUCGUUGAAUCAACUACAGCAAUUAACAUUGAACAACUUUAACAAAAGGAAUUAAUAGUAGAUCUAGAAGAAACUAAAGUAGAUAAAGAAGGAAAGAUUGUUCAUCCAGAUUAAUCAGAUGAUUAAUUAAUCGAAAUCGAUUUGAUUAAACAACAUGAUAUGGUGAAUACAAAUGAAUUGCAAUCCAAUAUAAUCAAAGUUGAUUAAAUCCCAUUUGACUAAAGUGAUAUAGAUUAACAUUAAGUCUAGAAAGAAACUUCUAUACUUGAUAUUGUUGUUGACAAGUUAAGAUAAAUUCCUCAACUAUAAGAUAAGAGUGAUCAAGAUUUAAAGGGAAUAAUGAUAAAGUCUUACUAAGCAAGUCAAGUCACUAUCGUUAAUGAGAUCCAAGUUGAAAAAAUCAAGGAGAAUAACUAAUCAACUUUACAAACUAAGGAUACAAAAGUUAAAAACAAAAGAGUUGCAAAGCAAAAACUUAAGUAGGAAGUUAAAAUUCAAGGUAUUAGAAAAAGCAAUAGGAAUAUUUCUAAGCAAGUGAAUGCUUCUAAUAAAGAUAAGAAUGACAAAUUGAUAUUGAAUUCAGAGAAUGAACAUUAUGAGAAGAUGCAAAUUGAUGAGGGAAACAAAGAUUGA